CAAACAAACAAACUCCAACAUGCCUUUCACCGCCUCCGACCUUUGCAAGAUUGUCCUUGCCAUCUUCCUCCCCCCUCUUGGUGUUUUCCUCGAGCGCGGGUGCAACGCCGACUUCUUCAUCAACAUCCUCCUGACCAUCCUGGGUUACAUUCCGGGUAUCAUCCACGCGUUGUACAUUAUCUUCAAGUUUUAAACGGCGCCACGGAGCGCCAGACGAGAAGUCAAACCACGUCGACUGCAACACGUCGAUACUGUUAUCACGAUACCCACAACAUUUCCUUUAUCCCCGUCAGUGCUUUUGUUUGCGUGGCUGGUGCUUGCGAGAAGCCUAGUCUUCGAUUGCUGUGAAGCGUGCAGCGAAGUCAUUUGCAUUGGUGCCUCAUGAGGUGUUUGGCAGGAUGUCGUCGCCCCUGGGCAGCGGCACUGCGCGCUUGGGUUGCAUGAGGAUAUUGUAGCAUCAAGUACCUCCACAAUCAAUAAUUCUACGAGUUAUGAAGUCAUGUAGCUAUUGCCAGUGUUCUUGAACUUCCAACAUGCAGCCAUGUGAUUCUGGGUGUGCUUCUAAAGUAUUGACACCACAGUAGGUACAUGAAAUCAUGGUACCCGCGC